AUGUACAAAAAAAUCAGCAAUUCCAUUAUUUAUAUUGUCCAUAUUAAKCCAGAAAUAGCUCUGGAUAAACCAGUGACUGUGCCACAUGUGGAUGUAACCCCUAGCAUUAUUGUUUUUCAGACCAAAAWGUUUGUAAGUGAUGAUGCAGGAGAACAAACAAGACAGACUCUUAUCAAUAUUGGAACUCUUCUUGAAUUGGGUGGUAGCUCCUUUGAUAGAGUUGUCAAGGUAACAGUUCUACUACAAGAUAUCAAWGACUUCCAAGCCGUUAAUGAUGUGUAUAAAACAUUUUUUAAAGAUAAACAACCAGCAAGGGCUGCAUAUCAAGCAGCAAAUCUUCCAAUCGCUGGUGGCAAGGUUGAAAUUGAGGCUAUUGCUAUUGUUGGUGAUGUCAUCGAUGAAUGAAGCAAGCACUGCAACUAAUGUGAAUUAAAUGAAUAGUCAAUAAAAAUCAACAAUUUUUUUAUUA